UUCCAUUCCACUCUAAACUCUGUCGCCUCUCUCAGUGAUUCAACAUGUCGAAUACUAAGAUCACCACCUCGAUCGAGAACAAGGACGCAAGCAUGGGCACGAGCAUGGCCCAGAGCGCGAGCGGUACCACCCCUCGGCCAGUCUACGACUUCUAUCUCGAAGCCAUGUUGCCCCAGAAGUUUCCUCCGUGGACCGACGAUGAUCUCAACCCCCCUGGUAUUGCUCCGCUCUUGCGCGCCGUGGAUUCGUUGGGAGACGAGCCCGAAGACAGCGACGACGACGAGUCGACGAGCGCAGACGAGUCGUCUGGCAGUGAAGACGGGUCUUCGGGGGAUGACGAUAGUCCACAAGACAGCGGAAACCAGCUCUCGAGCGAGGCUGCAGCUUGGCGGGAGCUGUACAACGUCCCACGCACCUAUCCGAAAGCUGAAAUCGACCUGUUCCUGAGGCGAAGGCUGAGUGAUGCGGACGCUGAGGUCAUUCUGAAGGCUUCAAUGGAAAGCUCCCUCUACCACCUUUAUCUCAGGACGAACUCUCCAACGCUCAAGUUGUUUGACGCCAUCAUGGCGGCACCUGAGGGUGCCGGGCGGUGCCUCGCCGACCUUAGGAUUGAUGCCCCGUUUCGCAAAGAGGACGUCAACACCUUGAUUGCUUUCCUCAAACGUCCGGAGUCAUGUGGCUUGCGUGACCUAUACAUUAACCCAAAAGAAGAGGCCCCGUUUUACCACGAAGACGACUCCGAUGGAUCGACCUUCGAAAUCGAAGAUCAAUACAACUUCUCGGAUUCGGAGCAAUCAGCCAUUAACCAAGUGCUCAAGAUGAGACGCGUAAAAUUCGCAUUCUCGGACAUGUGGGAUUGGUCAGGCCUUAUUGGCUAUGACUUUGAUGACAUCUUUGUCAUGCAAGCCGCGAAACGAGCUCUACCAGUUGCCCGAAUCCUCUUCCGUGCAAGGCCCGCUCCUCCGAAGAAACGUGCGAAUGGCGAGGCCCACAUUCUCCGCCUGCCCAACGAGCUUCUCGCCCACAUUGUUUGGUUCGUUCCUCAAGAUAACGAGCCGACUAUAACUAGGUCCCCCCUCACCUAUGGCGACCUCAUGCGUCUGUGCAGGCAGGCCGCCCACCCAGAACAUCUCAAGACCCUGUGCGAGGGCCUUGCCCAGUAUAUCCGCACCCGCCCACCUUCCGACGACACGCCAUACCGAAAGCGCUGGCAGGAGUGCAUCGACAUGUGGCUGGAAGCCGGGCAGUUCUUGUACGACCUAUCGACCCCGAGGCUGUACGAUUAUUUCAAGGGGCUGAGGGCUAAGGAGAACGAAGCCAACGAGGUCAGCAGGGCCACCGAGGCCACCGAGGCCAACGAGGCCACCAAUGCCUACGAGGCCACCAAUGCCUACGAGGCCACCAAUGCCUACGAGGUGAACGAGGCCAACGAGGCGAGCGCGGCCAACGUGGGCAAUGUGGCCAGGGUCAGGGGAGAUACAGAGGUGACGGGUGCAGGGCAUUCAGAGCUCAACGGUCCAUGA